AUGCCGCUUUUUCGAAAAAUAUCACACACUUUAUUUUUUUUAUCAUUGAUAUCCCCUUUUUGUCACGGCGAACCACAACUUAUUACAUUAGAACCUACAACUGGAGAGGGAGAAGCCCAUCAUAAUAAGCAUAUAGAAAGACAACAAACAGUCAUAGACAAAGAAAAUUCAGAUUUGUAUUAUAGUGGUGAUUUAAUUUGUAAUUCGGUAAGUUGCUAUCCCAAAGUAUUUGAACCUUUAGCAGAUUGGCAAGAAAUUAAACCACUACAACAAGUACCAAAAGGUUUAGAUAUAAGAAUAAAUAUGGAUACAGGUAGAAAAGAGACCAAAAUUAUUGAGAAAAAUAUCCCAGACCCUAAGAUGGUGGAUAUUUCUCAUGAAUUUGUCGAUGAUUUCCGAGAUUUAAAUGAAGCUAUGAAACAGAAUGAAGAGAAUAAAAUAAUUCAAAUACUAGAUAAAUUAGAUGAGUAUGCACAUGAUUAUAAACAUGGGUCUAAAAUUAUUAAAUAUGAACAGGAUGUUUUGUCUGAGCUCAUGCUAUCAAAGGUGUACGGAGACAAGGUAAAAGAAAUUAGUGCACGUGUAUUAUCGGGAUGUUUGAGGAAUAAUCCUCCUGCUAUUCAAAUAUACAAUCCCAGAUACGUGGACGAACUAGUGAACUCUUUAAUUUUCGAAAAAAAUCCUAUUGUACUGAAAAGAUAUUUGGGAGUUUUGCAAACUGUUGCUGAUAAAGCUUCUAAUAGCUCAAAUUUGUUUACCAAUUUAUUAAAGGUUUACAAAGGUGACAUUGAUAACCAAAUUAAACUAAGAGUAUUGGAAAUUUUAUCUGAUUUGGAACUGAGUGAUGCCAGAGGGAAAGGUCUAGUUAAAAGGAGUGUAAAUGGAAAAGAUGAUAAAAACGAACCGACUUUACAACAAUGGUUCAACGAGUUUUCUACUAACAUCCAAAAUUCCCAAUUGGAUGAAUAUCACUUAAAAAGAUUUUUCCACACAUUAGUAAAUAUUAAAAAAGAAGGCGGUAGCAAUGUUAAGGUUAGCAAGGAUUUCUUAAAUUGGCUUUCCAAACAAACUGAAGAAAGAAAGGAAGCUCUGAAUGAUGAUUUAGCAAAGCGUGACUUAGAACAAUAUGAGUUUAAUAAAAAACUAAUUGAAAGUAGACAUUUAUUAUUUGGCAAUCCUUUGGCAGAUAGAAUUAAAAAUUUUAACGACGAAUUUUAG